UUGGUUUUGACGAUUGUUUUUCCAACGCGGAAGACAUUCCCAGAAGAUCACAAAAAGAAUUUACAAAUCGAAUGUUCAGAGAAAAAACUGAUGAAUUGAGAAUUCAUGCGAGUAUUAAAUUUUUCUUGUGAGACUCAAAGCCAAAAGUCAUCAGUUGUCUGUCAACCAUCUCCAAUUGCAUCAAGAAAUCGACAGACUGGAAUUAAAUUUUAUUUUCAUCGAGAUGGGAUUAUCCACAGUAUUUUUCGUGGUAAUCGUUUUGUGUCUCCUGCGAUGGUGGAAGCAGAUUCGAAAUUAUUGGAAAUAUAGAUCAGUGAUGACAAAAUUUGCCGAUUCAUUACCGGGUCCUACCCCAUUACCAAUUAUUGGAAAUGCUUUGUGGCUGAGGGAAGCUGACAAAACAGCGCAUAUUCUGACUAAAAUCAGUCGAGACGAAAAAACUGGGACUUACCGAUUUUGGAUGGGACCGAGUCUGAAAAUUAUUAUUUCUGAUCCCCGGGAUCUCGAGAUCAUGUUCUUCAGCACGAAAGCCUCGAAAAAAGACGAUUUUUACGAUUUCAUGCACAUGGCAGUGAAAAAUGGCCUCAUCAAUUCAUUCGGCCCCAUAUACAGAGCUCACAAAAAAUUAUUAAUCCACGUAAUGAACAAUCAUGAGCUGAGGAAAACAUCGGUGGAGAAAAUUAAUGAAAAAUCCCGGAUAUUCGUGAAUCGUCUCGAGACUAAAGUGAAUCAAUCCGAAUUCAAUAUUCAAAAUUAUCUUGAACACUGCAUCGGCGAUAUCGUAUUUGAGACGAUUUUUGGACUGCCUGGAAAUGCCCAAAACGGGGAAGUGAGUCCUUUCUUCGAAUUGGCCGAAGUAGCUUUGCACGCGUCGUUUGAGCGAUUCAUGAAGCCAUGGCUCUGGCCGGAUUUUAUUUUUUUGACAACUCCAACUGGCAGAAGAUGCAAAAAAAUUUUAACGGACGCGAAGACAUGGAUAGACCAAGAAGUCGAGAAAAAAAGACAGAGAUUGAGAUCAAUGGAAGACAUUAAAGAAAAUCAUUCAUCGAUAUUUGAUAGUGUAAUUAGUCGAAUUGAAAAGACGAAUGAAUGGACUAAUGAAGAAAUUCGUGAUGAAGUCAUAACGUUUUACGUCGGGGGACACGACACAAUGGUGGGCACUGGAUGUUUCGCCCUUUUGAUGCUGGCGAUGUUCCCGGAUGUUCAGGAAAAAGCGCGCGAAGAGAUAAAAAAUGUAGCAGGUGAUGGUGAAAUAACGGAAUCCCAGACAGCGGAAAUGAAAUACCUGGACAUGACAAUAAAGGAAACAUUGAGAUUAUUUCCAGUGGGUUGUGUGAUCGCUCGAAAAACUACAGAUGAGCUGAAACUUGCAACAUGCACAGUCCCAAAAGACUGUUCACUCUUCAUUUUGCUGUACGCCACGCAGAGGGACCCAAAGCACUGGCAGAACCCUGAAGUCUUUGACCCUGAGCAUUUCUCCCCUGAAAACGUGAGAAAUCGUCAUCCCUUUGCGUUCAACCCCUUCAGCGCAGGUUACAGAAGCUGUCCAGGAAAUAAAUUCGCGUUUACCUGCCUGAAGAUCAUCUUCGCGCACAUCCUCCGUAACUUCCGAUUAUCAAGUUCAUUGAAAUUUGAAAAUCUGAGAAUCCACACGCAUAUCUCUUCAAAAAGUUUGGACGGUUAUCCGAUUUCAGUGAGAAGAAUUUAAAAUCCUGUUGAAUAUUUCCUUGAACGAAUCUCGUGUUUAGUC